AAGAUGGUGGGUUUUCAUGGGUAAUUUCAAGUUUUUAAGUGAUUUUUGGAUCGAUCGGACCAACAUUAACUCUACUCCUUGUACAAUAAUGAAACAGAGCCUAUUAGCAAAAAAAAAAAAUUAUGAAACAGAGCGAUCACACUGGACACCGCAACAGAGCUGUUGUACUUUCAGUUUCAGCAUGCCUUGUCGAUCCCCAAGUACACAAUAAGAAUUUUGACUAGGUUCAUGUCCUGUUUCAAGUUGACCUGGUCUUCUUGCAUUGUAUUUGCAAAUCCUCCGACUGGAAUCACACAUCGCUUACAGCGAGUUCCAAAUCCAGGACCUGCCCCUGCCCCUACACCAAAGCCAAAGCCAGGUCCUAGUCCAGGGCCAGCCCCUGAACCAGCGCCACCUAGGGCACAUAACAUGACAUUUCCGGCUAUAUUUGCCUUUGGGGAUUCAAUCUUAGACACAGGAAAUAAUGAUUACAUUUUGACAUUGAUCAAAGCUGAUUUUCUCCCCUAUGGCAUGAAUUUUCCAGAUGGAGUUCCCACCGGCAGAUUUUGCAACGGCAAAAUCCCUUCUGAUUUUAUAGCGGAUUAUUUAGGAGUAAAACCAAUUGUACCGGCAUAUUUGAGACCGGGACUGACCAAGGAAGAUCUUCUCACUGGUGUAUCCUUUGCUUCGGGUGGUUCUGGCUUCGAUCCUUUGACACCUAUUGUAGUAAGUGCAAUACCUAUGUCAAAACAGUUGGCAUACUUUCAAGAAUACAUAGAGAAAGUGAAAGGCUUUGUGGGAAAAGAGAAAGCUGAGCACAUAAUAUCUCAAGGUCUAGCCAUAGUGGUAGCGGGCAGCGACGAUCUGGCCAAUACCUAUUAUGGUGAACACUUGGAAGAAUUCUUGUAUGACAUCGAUUCAUAUACCACUUUUAUGGCUAACUCUGCUACAAGUUUUGCUAUGCAACUUUAUGAAUCAGGAGCAAGAAAAAUAGGAUUCAUUGGUAUUUCUCCCAUCGGGUGUAUACCGAUACAGAGAACCUCAAGAGGAGGACUUAGAAGAAAAUGUGCUAAAGAACUAAACUUUGCAGCUCAGCUUUUCAAUUCCAAACUCUCCACAAGUUUGAAUGCAUUGGCUAAAACCUUGCAAAACACCACGUUGGUGUAUAUUGACAUCUACGCUGCUUUCGAUGAUAUGAUUCAAAACCCCCAAAAAUAUGGAUUUGAUGAGAUUGAUAGAGGAUGUUGCGGGACGGGGCUAUUUGAAUUAGGUCCGCUUUGCAAUAAAUUUACAUCACUUCUUUGCAAGAAUGUGUCUUCUUAUAUGUUUUGGGACUCUUACCAUCCAACUGAAAGAGCUUAUAAGAUCUUAAGCCAAAAGUUUGUAGAGAAUGACAUGGGAGCUUUCUAUGAAAGAUAAAUAAAUGUAAAUUUAAGAUAUACAUAUUUUGAUGAUGUUUGAGA